AUGACGAUUGGUGUAAAUAACAUUUUCGAUUGUCUCGAAUUAAACACGCCUCUAAAUAAACAUGAUAUCGAAGAAUUCAUUCCUCGUGAGCGUCAAAUCGAUUCAUCAAAUCCGCUUCAUCAUCUUCUGAUCGAUGUCGAUACAACAUUAGAACGUCUCUAUGGUGGUUUCUAUCCAGACUGGUUAGCCGGUGGUGAAUGGUCCCAUUUGUAUUCUUAUCUGUUAUCAUUAUUGAAAACUUGCCAAGAAUUAUCUUUAUGUUUGAUAUUCUGUUUCGAUGGUACGCUUUAUCGCUACGGACAAUCUCAAUGGUACCAUGAACAGAUUCAACAACGCAAAAAAGUCAAUCAAAUAUUUAAACACUUGAAACAAAAUAAAUCCGGUUUACCGCGUCGACAUUUAUGGUUUCCACCACCUGCAUUUCAGUUAUGUCUGAGAACAAUCUUGAGAGAAUUGAAUUCGCCGCAUUUGCUUAUGUAUCAAACGUGGGGUUAUGGGCAAUGUCAACAUCAAGAGCAAAUGAGGAUUUAUGCUCAACAGUACCAUCAGAGUUUAAUCGGCGUUGUUUCAUCAGAUAUUGAAUUUUUAUUUCCAAUGAAAAUGAAUCAAGAGAAUGUUGUACUGAGAUAUUUCUCGUCGAAACAUUUCAAAUUAUCAUUAAAAGGACGACUAACAUUAGUAGAAGUGAAAUUAAAUCAAAUGAAGGAAAAAUUUUCUUUAAACAAUCAACAAUUUGCUCUUCUCUUAACAUUACGUGGCAAUCAUAUUCUACCUGAUAGUGAUUUGGUUCAUUUUCAUAAUGAUUUACUUCAUGAGCAUGAUUCGACACCUGUGUCCCUCAAUACAAAUGGAACAGUUUCACCAUCCAUCGUUGAGACGUCUACGUCUGAAAUCAAAGGAGAUGCAUGUUCUCCUGAUAAGAGUUUGCAAGAAACAAACGAAGAACCUCACGAAACAUCGCCAGUUCAUGCUCCGAAUCAAUCCCGUUCCAAUGGAACAAACGUUUCAACCGAUCAACUUAUACCGCGUCUAGUUGAUUACAUAUAUAAGCAAAACAUUGAGAAUGACAUCGACUAUGAAUCAAUUGGCAAUCAAAUUUUCAAACAUUCAACUGAUAAUGAAACACGUCAAAUCAAAAUACAAUCAUUAAAAGAUUCUUACGAGUACUAUUUGAAUGCAAUGAUCGAAAGCCAAUCUGUAUUAGAUAGUAUGCAAUCCACAGAGAAGAUCACAGCGUCUUGUCUCUCGAAUUCUUCUUCUAGUCAAACACCCAUAAAUAAGUCAGAUGAAAAUACCAUAUUCGAAAACUGUUCAGAUGUAAAUAUCGAAGUCAUGCGUACGGCAUUUAAUCUUCAUAAACAAGGUUUAAUGAUGCCAUGGAUAUUUCAAUGUCUUUAUAAACAUGAAAUUACAUUUCCAGUAACAAUUGAACCUGAAAUGUGCAAUACAAUUCCAAAUAUCUGCGAAUUUUAUCGCCCCAUACGGAAAUACGUUUAUUCGAUUCUCUUCGAUAAUAAUACAAUAAUACGCGAACAAGUUUACAAUAGUGAACAUGGAUCUUAUUUAACUGAAGUUCUAUGUGAACAACUAGGGUCAAAACGCACGAUUGAACAACUUUGGUUUGGCACGAGUCCCGAUGAGGAUAGACAAAUACGAAUGAAAACAUUCUUACAAUCACUAUUCUAUUGUGAUUUACCAAAGAUUUACUCAACUGCUCACGAUUAUCUUCUUUUUAUUUGCAUAUUACGUUAUAUUUACAUGGAAUUCUUUCGUUAUUCGUCAACAUCCGCCGUUCUACACACGUACGAAUUGAUUGCGUUCAUCUCUCAAGCCGUUCUAAUCACUGAAUUGCAACCGAAACCAUUGAUGAACUCACAAUCGACAAACUUUUUGAACCAAUACGAUCAUAUUCAAAUAACCAAUUACGAGACUCGACCCAUUCAGUUAGCACAUCUGUUUAUGCGAGGUUUGGAAACUAUUCUUUUUUCCAAUGAAGUGUGUGGUGCACCGAUUCAUCCGAAAUACUGUUGCCCAUCUCAUUUCUUCAAUGGGAAAUUAUUCCAUCAGAAGUACCUUCAAGCGCAAUAUUAUCAACAAAAUCCUGAUUUAGUUAUGAUCUUAUGUGAUGGAAAUACGCAUUGUGCUCAAAUUGUCUCACACUUGCUCAAUGCUGUGCUUGAUGGAACAUCAGGUGAUACUGUUCAUCAUACACCUAUGCAACAACAACAACAGUAUAAAUACCCUGGACCUGCACAACAAAAUCAACAGCAACGAGUUUUAACGAAACAACCCCGACAAGGACGUGGACAGACUCUUGUAGCCAAUUCAAUACGUCCCGCUAUACGCACGAACACUAAACAAUCAGCAGUUAAUAAUGGUUAUAAUCAACAGCAAACACCCAUUGCAAAUUACCGUCAGCAGCAACCACCGCCAGUUAAACAAGCUGGACAAAUGAGGAACGGCGGAAUGAAAAAGAACAAUAUUGCUACGCCAUUUAAUCCGAAGGCACAUCCACAAGUAGCAAAAUUCAAUCCUCAGACACCAACGAACAUGAAUUUUAUUUCUCAAUCGCAACAGAACUCAUUACCAGCUGAACAAUGGUCUACAUCGACGCCUUCGGCAAUGCCUCCAAAUUACUUGGCUAUGCCGCCUCAACAGCAACAAUCUCAUGCAAUGAAUAAUAUGCAAUCCAUACCUCUACAGCAUCAACAGUCAAUGAAUAACAAUUAUAUCAAUCCUCUUGAUGAGCAAUUUACUCAUUUACAAAUUCAUCCAUCGCCAAUCAUGACGACACCGAUGGCAUAUCCUCAUCCAACUCCAAUGCUUAAUCCUCAUUUACCGAUGACUCCAUAUAAUCAUCUUCAUCCCACUAUCUAUCCUAUUCCCACUGGGCCAUUAUUUUAUCAACCAUCGCCAUCUCCAUCAGUUCCUUCCUUCCAGCAACCGUUGGCAACACCUUAUCACCCAGCACCGCCUGCAAUCCUACCCGGUCAUCCGCCACAUGCACCAGUUGCUCCACAACGAACAGUUAACUUUACCACAACAGUUGCACCAAAUAACAAUACCAAUACUUAUCCACAACGUCUUUCUCCAACAUCGAUGCAAGCGCAAGAAAUGAAUCUUCAAGAACUACAACAGCGCAUUCAAGAACAACAAAAACAUCAUCCAACACCAUUAUCCAUUCAUCGACAGAUAACUCAAAUGCCUACGAAUGAUUAUACUCCAUACGACAUGCAUCGAUCAGCAUCAAACAAUGGUAUGACUAUGCCACUACAAUCAUGCCAUUAUCCAUCGAUGAUUAUCGAACAUCAACCACGGCUUCAUGGUCAUUGA